AUGGCAGCUCCACCAGUCUCCGAUAUACGCCUUACUGAUCGCAGAAGCUUCCCUGCGUGGUACGCAGAGCUUAAAAUCAACUCCACCUUUCGAAACAGCCCCCCCCCACCUCUCACGAUCGAUCAAAUGAUUGAGCAAUCGAAUAUUGAGCGAAACACUCCAUUGGCGAUAUGGGAUGCGGAUGGGAGGCCAGAAGCAGAGAAGGGAGCACGACCAAGAGCUCCACGUCCAGCUCGUUUUGACGAUAUUAAGGAGGAAUACUCGUUCAGGCUCAAGGAGUACUCUGUCAAGCAAUCGAAUUGGUCAACGCAAAGCUCUCGGUAUCAGAAUAUCUGGGAUUGGGUACGCCGUACGGUAGAACCUGCUCUGCUCGCACCACACUUUGAGUUACUCGUUUCCCAGCAGAGGCUCUCUCUUCAGAACGUCGUACGAGCUCUUCGCGAGAAAUUCCAGCCAUCGGAGAACAAUACGCGGGAACAAGUAAGGGAGGAUUAUAACAGAAUUCUGGACCGUGGCAGAAUAGGUAGAGAAUCUCCCAUAGCCUGGAUUAAUGAUUGGUACCAAGCUCUUGUACGAGCUCAAACCUACCGAGUUGCAGAAGUCGAAGGAUUCCUGGCAAUCAAGGACUUUCUUCAAGUGGUAGCAGCCAAGUUUAUACCUAUUUGGGGAGCACAGCAACUCGCUUUGGUAAUUGAGGCUAAUGCGCUUGGAGAGCCCGUUCGUACGCUCGAGCAAUACGGAAGGAUCUUUGAGGCCCUGAUUCAGCAAAACGAACGCUCUUCACUUGCGAUCUUUGCUUCUCUCGCUGGACGAUCUGAUUCGCAAGGCCACUCGUGUCCUUGUAAGGAAACAAGAGCGGAAAAGCACCCGUGGAAGCCCGUUAAUUGCUCCAUUCUAGAGCUUGCAACCACUAGUUCCUGUACCAGGAAACUUGAUCCACAGCCUACGGACGAGCAAUUGAAGGCCGUACGAGAACGCUUGGCAAAGGGAUACGAGAAGCUAAGUGGGCAGCUUGAGAAGAAGGGUUAGAUGAAGAAUGGAGGGAAGUUACCAGGGGACUUUGAGUAUUAAUAGUGCGUACGAUGUGGUUUCCUGGCUUUGGGCUUGCGGAGCCGUCCGGGGCUGGAGCUAGGCUUUUUUGGGAACUGAGUGCACUGCCGGAGACGUCUGGGGACGCUCUGCUUCCUACCCCUUUUGGUUCUAUUAGCUUAAUGUGAGGCGUUAGGGAAUAAUGGUUUCUUAGCUCUCAAUUAGGGGAGAUAGACUACACACAUACUCCUUUUGGCUAGGGGUGCUCCGUGGGAGUACUUUACUAGCUAUUUCCUUUAUAUAUAGAAUUAGAAGCCUCUGGGGGGUGUGUCGUAUGUACGGGUACUAGGGAGCUUAGCUUCGCUUACUCAGCGGCCCCUUUUAUUUAGCUAGAUCCAGAGGCUCCCUUUAGAGCUUCUUUUAAUCAGACAACCACUUAUGCAAA